AUGUCAGACCUUCUGCCUACUAACUUCGUCGGGACCGCUGCAGCUGCCGUGCAGAGCGCAACCACUGGGAGUUGUCGGGUCUACUUUCAGAACAAAGACUAUCAGAUCUACGAAAUGGCGUUGAGCGACCCAACGAGCACUACCUAUAGCCUCGGGAAUCUCACCUCUAUUCCAUUUCCCGCUGGCCGUAUCAACACGCCCAUCGCAGCCGUGUCGUGGAACAACUUGAGCGAGAUCCGCGUGUAUUACAUCACUGCCGAUAGUCAGGUGCAGGAGAUUUACUACAGCGGCGGCAAUUGGGGCAAACCGGGCCCGGUCUUGGGCGCCGCAGUUGAGACCAGCGGCUUCUUGUAUGCGUCGGUCGUAGUCAACACUGGGCCCGUGGUCAGGGUUGGGUUCCAGUCAUCCACUGCUCCCCAGACUAUCACCGAAGCUGUGUGGAACGGCGGGUGGAACAACCGUGUGCUCUAAAUUUGGAGCCAAUGUUAGCAUGGGCUUCCAUGUCGAGGAUACGGUAUAUGGGAUCAAUUUCAGUACUUGCCACAAAUGUUGUAUAUGUAGUAGAACCAUGUCUCGAGCCAAGAGCUUGUCGUCCACCCGCGUGCCCUCUCCAUCUCUGUUGCAUCUUGUGAUGGAAGAUAAAUCCUAUUUUGUAUGCAACAAAUAUAAACG